AUGUCCCCCUCACAAAGAGAGCACACCUCUGUCUCUGUGAGCCAUGGUGGAUGUUUGACACACGAUCAAGGGCAGAUGUUGGGACCAGAACUUGGUCUGGAGGAGAUAUCAGAGGUUGAAUAUACACACUUUGAGCGUCUAAUCCAGUCACAGAUGGAGACACAAGCUGCUCCUUCAGAUGGGCCUGAUGGCAGAUCUCCACUUACUACCACUGGAUCCGCAGUGAUCUCCCCCUUCAUCCAAGCUAUGGACCUCUCUACCGCCACUGAUGAACACAACCAAGUGAUGCCUGGAGAAAAGACUCCAACCUCUUUUGGAGAAGUCCCAGGUUUUGUCCUGACCAGAGUGAGAGGGGGAGAUAUUUCGACUGAACCACUUCCCAACAGCAGCGCACCUUCACAGAAGCGAUCCAAGUCAGCUGCUAGAGUUUGCUUGGAGACAAGGUUCAACACUGUGUCAGCUGAUACCCAGAGACAGCAAGAUAUCCAGUCUGCACUUCUCAGCAAGUAGGCUUCACUUAUAGAGUUUUUGUCUUCGUUUGUGAGUAAAUAUUGAAACAUAAUGUGCUGAAAAGCUGACUAAACAAUCUCUGAUGUGUUUCAGUUUUUUGACGAUAGUUCACCAGCCUUCAGAUGCUCAAGAUGGAGUCAUAUAUCCUCAAAUGCAGAAGUGUGUGAUUGCCUCUGCAGACGGAGCAAAUCCUUAUGAGAUGUCUGGCCCAUUUGUAGGGGGUGUUUUCAACCAUGUAGCUAACAUGCAUGAACAAGUAUGCUGAAAACAUAACAAAAUGCACUUUUUUACACUUUGAUAUCAACCACAGGAAACAUUCAUUAUCCGAAUCUACUUUUCUGUGCUUUCGUUACAGGUGAUCGGCCAUAUUCCCCACAGAAUAAACCCUAAGCAUCAGGGUUUAAUCAUCCCAAAGACUGUUUCAUUUAAUUUUCUUCCCGACACUGUUGUUAAUAAAGGUCACUACAUGAAUAGCAGUAACUCAUCUGAGGAGCAGCAGGCGGCGAACAAAGAGAGUAAUCAUCAGCAGUCUAAACCCCUCAUUUAUCAGAUAAUUUCAAGUUUUCUAUGUUGGUACAGUGCAAACACACAUUUAUGCCGGUUUGUACUCUUUUGUUUUUGACAGAUGACGUGGCAACAGCUGCUGCUUACAGCAAGCAUGGUGGCAUCUUUAGCCUUCGUCCUAAAACAGGUGUCAAGGCUGUAGGGUCAGAAAGCAUCACUAAGAAAAAAACUCAAACUGGUGGAUCAGUAAGCCAGCGCAGGGAGAGGCACAACAUCAAGGAGAGGGAACGCAGGUGAGCAGCCCCACAGUACCAAUACUAAUAUUGAAAGAGGUAAAAUCCAAAUUGUGAUCAGUAACCAUAUGAGGCAGGAUCCUAAAAAGGGUUGCAGGUUUUUAAAAAGCAGAUGCAGAACACCUGUAUGGUCUUCCCUUUUUCACAGGAAGAGGAUCCGUCUGUACUGCGACGAGCUGAACAUGCUGGUGCCAUUCUGUAACUCAGAUACAGACAAAGUCACCACCCUGCAGUGGACCACUGCCUACCUCAGAUACAUCAAUGAGAUUUGUGGGGACACCUUUAAAGAGGUGAGGUUGUGCUGUUUGAACUUGUUUUCGUCUUGUUCAUCCUUUAUUUUAGACCCAAAACUAGGGCUGAAUAUUAAGAGAUGAUUUACAGUUCCUUUUGCUGCCAUGGUUGUAAGUUCUGCUGCUGAAUCAGAUCAUGUUUCUGUCCCUUUUUUUCGUGUUAUGUUCUUUAUUUUCUUCACAGGAGUUUAAAAGGAUGUUCCACAAUGAGAGAGGACUUUUUCUGAAAUCCAGCCCUUCUUCAGCCCAUGACCAGAUUGGUAGGGAGACUGACGAGACUCUCACCAUUCCCCUUGCAGUCGAGCAGUAACCCCUUUACUGUUUAGUGAAUCAGUACCAUGCUUGUACGAGAUUUAAUGUCAUUUUGAGAUGUCCUCUGAGGUCUGGAUAUUUAAAAUGACGAAAGAGUUCCACUCUGCCACAUUAUAAAUAUUAAGACUCAGACAUACUUGGUUAUUUUCUGCAUCUCAACAUUACACAGUUGAGAUUUUAUCUAAUCUAAGAAGCCAUCUCUACUGCCACUGAUGCCCUCAGAUUUCCUAGUCCAGUUGACUUUUGUAAAGGGGGCAUUUCCAAAAGUCAUACAUAGGUGGCACUGUUUCUCUUUGAAAGG